AUGGAUGUCAACAAUUGCGACGAAAGCAAGCCGUCUUGUGGGCAUUGCAGCAGGUUUUCUUCUCCAUGCUCAUUUUCUGAAGAACUGCCAGACAAAUCUUCGACGGCAAACAACAAAGUAACAUCUCCACUAUCUCCGAAAUCUCCAUCCUCUCUGGUAGUGUCUGGUGGUUUCGAAAACAGUUUCUUUCUAUCCCCUGAAUAUACCACUUUACCAGUAGCACUAGGGGAAACCCAUCACGGGAUUGGCAAUCAAGCAUUUGGGGUGAUGGAUCUCGAGCUAUUUCACUUUUUCCUAACCGAAACUUGCCUCACAAUAUCCGAAUGUCCGGAUCGACAAAGACUUUGGCAACACGUCAUCCCUCAAAUCGCCUUCACCCAUCACUUUCUCCUUCGCGGUAUCUUAUCAUUCGCUGCCUUGCACCUUGCACAUAUUCAGCCAGAACGUAGAGAAUCGUUAUGGGCGGAGGCAUCUUCUCACUACGACGUGGGUGUGAGAUUAUUCCAUACCGAGGUUCUGGAUAUCACACCUUUCAACUGCGAUGCUUGUUUCGCCUUUUCGUCACUGCUCGCUGCUCACGCUUGGCCAUUUUCCCACCAGACCAGCGAUUUGUUCUUCUCAACUUUACCACCUGCUGAGCAAGAAUUCAGUACGACGUGGGCUAGCCUUUUGCGUGGAGUGCACACUUUGCUCGAUACAGCUUGGGAUUGGAUUGCAAAUGGCCCGUUGGGACCUUUGCUGGAAACACAUACAAUGUAUCCCGCAAUAGUGAGGAAAGCCGAUCCUGAAAUAAGCGCGAAGUUGACAGGCUUGAGUCAACUUUGGGACCCACCACCCUCAAGAUACAAUCCUGCUGAUAUCGAAGCGCUCAGCGAGGCUCUUGUUCUGAUACAAGAAGCAUGUGGAAUACUUAAUUCAUCCACUAGCGAGCGCCCGCUUAGUGCGAUCUCGCUGGCUUUGACUUGGCCUACCUGUGUAUCCGCAACCUUUCUUGAGCUGGUUGAUCGGCUGGAGCCCGAAGCCCUCAUUAUCCUGGCACAUUACUCGUUGAUUUUGAACCAAGUAGAUGGGGUCUGGUUUAUGCAUGGCAUGAGCAGGCAACUACUGCAGACUGUUCAUGAGAGGAUUGGGAAGGUUUGGGAGAGCUGGAUUGCGUGGCCGCUUCAAGAUCUGGCUCUGAGCGAGCUCAACAACCACAUGGAUGAUGAUAUAGUGCAUAAUAUCCUUCCCUUCCCGUGA